CUAAUACCAGUCUGGUCCUUUGAGUGGUCUAAAAAAACAGAGAUGGAGGAGUCCACAAAUCAGAGUCAGCCGCUGAGUGAGAAGCAGGUGGCCAAUUCCGGGGAUGGCUUCGUCUGGCCAGUCACUGACUUGAACCGACUACGCCGCUUCUUAUGCUUUGGCUCUGAGGGUGGAACAUACUACAUCAAAGAGCAGAAGCUGGGCCUGGAAAACGCCAAGGCUUUAAUCCGACUAAUUGAGGAUGGCCGAGGCUGUGAUGUGAUCCAAGAAAUAAAGUCGUUCAGCCAAGAAGGACGAACCGCCAAGUAUGAGCCUAUGCUCUUCGCACUGGCCAUCUGUUCACAGUGCUCUGACAAGAGCACCAAGCAGGCUGCCUUCAAAGCUGUGCCUGAAGUGUGCCGCAUCCCUACGCACCUCUUCACUUUCGUUCAGUUCAAGAAAGACCUGAAGGAAAGCAUGAAAUGUGGCAUGUGGGGCCGCGCCCUCCGCAAGGCCAUAGCAGACUGGUACAAUGAGAAGGGCGGCAUGGCCCUGGCCCUGGCUGUCACCAAAUAUAAACAGAGGAAUGGCUGGUCUCACAAGGAUCUUUUACGCUUGUCACACCUUAAGCCUUCCAGUGAAGGACUUGCUAUCGUGACCAAAUACAUCACAAAAGGCUGGAAAGAGGUCCAUGAAUUGUAUAAAGAAAAAGCACUUUCUGUGGAGAAUGAAAAAUUAUUAAAGUAUUUGGAGGCUGUAGAAAAAGUGAAGCGAACAAAAGAUGAACUGGAAGUUAUCCACCUAAUAGAGGAGCAUGGAUUAGUAAGGGAACAUCUUCUAACAGAUCACCUCAAGUCUGAAGAGGUGUGGGAAGCUUUGCUAAAAGAAAUGCCUUUAACUGAUUUAUUAAGAAAUCUGGAGAAAAUGGCCGCCAAUUUUGUGCUCGAACCUGCAUAUCCAGAAGUAUCUUUAGUGUGUGAAAAACUGUGUAAUGAGAAACUGUUAAAAAAGGCUCGCAUACAUCCGUUUCAUAUUUUGAUUGCGUUAGAAACUUACAAUAAGGGUCGCAGCCUCCGAGGAAAACACAAGUGGCACCCAGAUAGAGAACUUCUAAAAGCACUGGAUGCUGCUUUUUACAAAUCAUUUAAGACUGUCGAGCCCACUGAGAAACGUUUCUUGCUUGCCGUUGAUGUCAGUGAAUCUAUGCACCAGAGAGUCUUGGGUAGUGUCCUCAAUGCCAGUGCCAUUGCUGCAUACAUGUGCAUGGUUGUCACACGAACAGAAAGAGAUUCUUGUAUAGUGGCUUUUUCAGAUGACAUGGUUCCUUGCCCUGUGACUGCAGAUAUGACUUUACUAGGGGUUUUACUGACUAUGGAUCAGAUUCCGGCAGGGGAAACUGAUUGCUCGCUUCCCAUGAUCUGGGCCCAGAAAACGAACACAGCUGCCGAUGUCUUCAUUAUAUUCACCGAUAAUGUGACUUCAGCUGGCAGUAUCCAUCCUGCUGUUGCACUGAAUGAGUAUCGGAAGAAAAUGAAUAUCCCAGCUAAGUUGAUUGUCUGUGGAAUGACUUCAGAUGGUUUCACCAUUGCAGACCCUGAUGACCGAGGCAUGCUGGAUAUAUGUGGCUUUGAUAUUGGCGCUCUGGAUGUCAUUCGAAAUUUCACACUAGAUGUGAUUUAACCACAAGCACCAACGGGAUCUAAGAGGUCCGUUGCCAUCAGUGAACGCUGUACACAUAUGCAGCUACUUCCCAGCUAAUCUUAAUUUAGUGAAAAAUUAUACAGUAUAUGUAUAGGUAGUGAGAAGUUUAACCUUACCAAAAAUGGCAGGGAUAGGGAGAAGAAAAUAAUCAGAUGAACCCAAAGUUCUUUCUACUAAAUAAGCUCUUGGGAAAUAGCUUCAAAGUAGUUCCCUGUCUCACAGAUUUUAUUGUGAAGACUCAAGUAGGCCAACAAUUUUGCUUUGGUGAAGCAUCAUAGUUACACUUAAAACACAUGAGGGCCAAUAGUGUAAGUGGCUUCAAUCAUGUCACUUCUUGAAACGUGCUUCCAACUUCUCUUCAGCGUUCUCCUUGGGAGAGGGCAGCUUUGAUAAGAUCCAACUCCUCUGCAGUGCACUGGACCAUGUAAUUGUGAUGGAAUUUGACUCAUAUGUAAACUUUUAUACUGAUGGUGGUGAGGGGAAAUUUCAAAGACUAAAUUAUGAAUGCGUUUUAGGAAUUUCUGUAAGACUUUUCUAAGAUGUCAUAAUAGCUUUCUUAUGCAGCAAAAAGGAUAUUUUGUUUCUGAUAUUUUACUUACACUCGUAGAAUCAUUACCGUUAAUCAAAAAACUAAUGGGCACCCGUACAGAGAUGCUAAAGUUUAUGGCGGAUGAGGAAGUUUGUUUUGAUGUGCUUUAUUGCUAUGAGUGAGGGAUGUGACUUACACUUUACAUUAAAUUUUUUAACAACAAAA